AUGGCAAAUCCUCUCCCCCCUUUUGCAUUCUUCUUUCUCCUCUGCCUACUCCUCGCAACCCCCAGCUCCACCUCCUCCCCAACCUUCCCAAUCCCCAUCAACAGCGACCGGCAAUCUCACCUCCAAUUUUACAUCCACGACAAGAUUAGCAGCCCCAACGCAACCGCCAUCAAGGUCGCCGCCGAUCCCAAUGGCUCCCGCGCCUCCGCCACUGGCCUCCACUUUGGAAGCAUUUAUGUCAUUGACGAUCCCAUCACCGAAGGACCCGACCCGAACUCGAAGCCCUUGGGCCGUGCCCGUGGCUUCUAUUCCGUGUCCUCUACGGAUGGAUCAGAUCUCUACUUCACCGUAAAUGUGAUUUUCAUGUAUGGCAUCUAUAACGGGAGCUCUGUAGCUAUCGUGGGGAGGGAUCCCAUUAUUGAGAAGGUAAGGGAGCUGCCGGUGGUGGGCGGAACAGGGAUUUUCAGGCUGGCCCGUGGGUUCGCCUUUAUGAAGACGCAUGCAUUUGAUACGGCCACCGGGGACGCUGUAUUGUUCUUGGAAGCUUACAUUCUCCACCAUUGAUUCAUUUCUUUGCUUGCAGGUGUUUCUUCGA